UUAUUCAUUAAUUUUCUAUCUCUUUUCCCACACAAACAUAAAGCAACACAAUACAACAUCCACAAACCCUCUCAAACAUUCCUUUUUUUCUUCUUUUAAAACCACUUGCUCAUAAAGCUGCUCAUUUCCCCUUUUCACUAAAAAAAAAACACAUUUUUUUUCCUUUUGCUUCUUCUUUAAUUUCUACUGCUUCAUCAUCAUCCAUGGAUACUGCUCAAUGGCCUCAGGAGAUAGUGGUGAAGCCCAUGGAAGAGAUUAUAGCAAACACAAAUGGUUCAUCAAAACCUAAUUGUGUUGAAAGGAAAUUAGUUAGGCCACAAAAAGACCAAGUUGUGAAUUGUCCAAGAUGUAAUUCAACAAACACAAAGUUUUGUUAUUACAACAACUAUAGUCUUUCUCAACCAAGGUAUUUUUGCAAGACUUGCAGAAGAUAUUGGACUGAAGGUGGAUCUCUAAGGAACAUUCCUGUUGGUGGUGGUUCAAGAAAAAACAAGAAAUCUUCAUCCCCUUAUAAUUCAAACAAUCAUGUUAUAGUAAAUAAUAAUAAUCCCUUGAAAAAACUUCCUGAUUUGGUUGCUCCUCCACCACAACGGGACAUCGAGAAAUAUCCAGAAAGGCAUUUUGGAAAUCGACUUGAUUCUACACCUCAUGAUCAAAACCCUAGUAAGAUUAUCCAUGAAGGAAGUCAAGAUCUCAAUUUGGGAUUUUCAUCUGAUUUCAAGACUAUUACUGAGCUAAUUCAGGUACCAAAUUAUGAAGGGAGUAACAAGGACAACAAUAGUCCGAAUAUUUCUACAUUGCUUCAUCCUCCUCCUCCUCCGUGUUCUUCCUCUUCAGCUUCUUCUCCAUCUCAGUUUUCAUCGAUGGAGUUGAUUAACGGGAUAACAUCCAAAGGGUUGAAUAAUUCGUUCAUGACAAUGCCAAUUUCCGAGCCAAAUUCAGUUUACAACUCAUCUGCAUUUUCAUUAAUGACGUCUUUAAAUUUCUCCUUGGAUCAUGGACUUGGAAAUAAUGUUCAUAGUGGCUAUGGAAAUAAAAAUAAUCUCCAAGAAACAAAUACAAGUGGAAGGUUUUUGUUUCCUUUUGUAGGUCUAAAGCAAGUUUCAACCACAAAUAAUAACACAAGUGAUGGUGCUAAUGAGCCUCUUGGAGAUGAAUCUACUAAUGGAUAUUGGAAUGGGAUGUUAGGAGGAGGAUCUUGGUAAAAAAAAAAACAACUUAUAUUAUAUAGUUUAUUAUGGUUUUUAUUUUCUUAUGGGGUUAAAAAAAAUUAUGACUAUAUUGGAGGAUUAGGAAGUGAGAAGGGUACAAUGAGAAUUGAACAUUCACUUAUUACGUGACAGACUAAAUACAGAGACUCUCACUGGUCCUAUUAGAUUAUAAAUCUUGAUUGAUGUUUUUUCUUUUUGUGAUUUUCCUGUAGUGUACUUUAUUGGUGGGUGGUUUGUUUGGAUUUAAUUUCUUCAAAAACUAACUCAUAGGAUAAGAGGAAGUCUCAUUUCUCCUAAAUCUUUUUCUUCAUUUUUUAGUAUAGUAAUUUGUCAUUAUUUUACUUUGAAUUAUAUUAGUUGGGAGGAAGUAAUUAUGUGAAGCUCAUGGGAUAUUGUGAAGAAAAUAUUGUGGAAGAAGAAAUCAAGCCCAAAUUUUUUGGAGGGCACAAUAUGUGGAUGAUCAAAUUAUUCUACUAGUGUUCAUUGUUUUAUGUCAUAUUAGAAAAAUAAAUGUAUUACAUUGUAUGAUUUUCAAGUUUGUAUUGAGCUUUGAGAGACUUGGUAACUUAAAAGUAAUUUAUUUGAGCUACUUAUGCAAGUACAUUUUUUUGCAGCUUAAUUUAUCAAAUAAUAAACAUUGCUUAUAAUUUCAUUAUAUUUA